ACAACGCGUACAAUCUUGUUUUACUUUCUCUUUCUUGAAAAUGUCGGUGCACGUAAACAGUCCUCAUUUUGAGAAGGAAAUAAUAGCAUGCGGAGGAGGAUUUUAUCGUCUCAAGAAAUAGGGCUUGUAGUGUCGCACAUGCUGAAGGAGAAAUAGCUGUAAAUACGGCCAAACCUCUAUUUGCAAGAUGGAAGGAGAUGAACAGACUGUCAGGGUAUGUGGACUACCGACUGAUAUCGAGGAAGAAAAGCUAACAGAUAAGCUCUACAUCCACUUUUUGAGGCAGAGAAACGGAGGUGGGGAAAUAGCCUCAGUCACCAUCACCAAAGUCCAUCCUGGCUGUGCACUGAUUACCUUUGAGGACCGUACAGUGGCUCAGAGGGUAGUUCAGCACAGGAAACACAUCCUACUGGUUGACGAUGAGAAAUACGAGCUUUCUGUGAGUUUGUUCAAGAAAAAUGUGAACCGAGAGGAGGUUCUUGUACAGUUACAGCUCACUGUAAACUACAGCCAACUUCCACUGGGAAAAGGGACAGUGACCCGCCUACAAAAAGGCUUCCCUAAUGUGGAGCUCAAAUUCAACCCUGAGAAAGAUCUUUGUACCUUGAGUGGUAGCUACUCUGAGGUUCAGGCCCUGAUCAACCAGCUUCUGGGCCUUUUAGAGACGCAGGAACCUGAAGCCACCUCUGUGCUUGGGACAGAUGGACAGGGAAGCAAAAAGAACCAUGACAGUAAGGGAAAGCAUCACCACAGGAGCAGCAGAAGUCAGGAGAAGACCACACAGCCUGGAAAAGCCCUUGAUUUGAAUGUUGGAAUAUCAGGGGAAGUGAAGUCAGAGAGACUUCAUUACUCUGGCCUUGAACUGGAUGAUUAUGGGGUGCGGGCAGCCCGUAGAGAGGAGCUUUCACUGGAGGACUACUUCUUGGUUCUGGACUCUGACAUCUUCCGCUACCUGCAGCAGUUCUGUGGUGAAGAAUACAUGCAGAUUUUAAGACAGCACAGGGUGGAGGUCGUGGAUGUUACCACCCAGGAUGUCACCACACUCUAUCUGCGGGCUCUAGAGGGAGCAAAAGGUGGUUCGAGGAAGCAGCUGGAUCGUAUACAGCAGGUGCACGGGGAGCUGAGCCAGUUGUACCAGGAGACGGAGAUCAGGUUACGAAAGGAGCAGCUUCCCAAGAGGUACCUUCUCACGACUGACCUCAAGGCAACUUGCGAGGCCCUGCAGCUGCAGAUGCCCAAGCUGAUGCUCACUGAUGAUGAAACAUAUAUUUACCUCGUGGGCAGCAGCAGCGACGUCUCUGAGGCUAAACAGCAUCUCCUUUACAUUCGAGAUUCGGAGGAAGAUUCUAAGCAGAAGGGAGCAAGUCACACUCAGUCAGGGGAACAGGAGGUGAGGGAUGUACGUCUUUUCACCUCCACGGCCAAAAAACUUGACAGCAAUGAGGACAAGCCGUACAAAGGUACAAGAGCUAUGGGAGCAGAGGCAGGUAGGCAGUACAUGCUAGCUCCCAAGUUCAAGGAAGUCAUGAAUGAAACUCCUGCGGAAAACUCGGUAAAAUCCUCACCAGAUGAUACAUUUUCACAUGUGGAUACACAGAGAGAUUUCUCCUCUGCUGAUUUAAAACAGAUGACAAGUAAUGAGCAGAGGUUAGGCAGUGGACGAGUUAAAGAUGGGGGUGGAUUUCAAAGGUUACCUAUCCUUCAAGGACUAAGCGAUCCCGGCCAGAGCAAGCUUCUGAAGAGGACCGACUCUGCAUCUGCCUCCACAAGUGAAGUUAGUUCACUCCGGACCUUGGUGCCAACCAGUGCUGUGUUACCCAAUAAAGCAAAAUAUUUUACAGGCACUCCUUCUACCUUGCAGAGCGACCUAUUUCAGGAAAGAAGUCUCUUCGAUACUGUAGCACCUUCACCAAAACUGGGAGCCCAGUCUACUCUGAGAAGGAGUAACAGUUUUUCUGGCUUAGUGCGCUCUCAGCAGGAUGAGAAAGAAAGAGAUGUGUCAAAGGGCAACCAAAGAAAGAGUAAAACUGGAACUACUGGUGUCAGUGACAGCAUAGGGUACAUCUACAGUCUGGAGGUGCUUGUUUUAAAAGAUACAUGGAUUUACAUGAAGAAUAUGUAUCACACUUGGGUUGAGGACAUAAAGUCCUCUGUGAAUAUCAAGGAAAUUAAAUCGGCUGACUUUUUCACUCUCAAGUUGAGUGGGACUGACCUAAAAAAGCUCAGCAACUGCCAGCAGGAGGUUAAGAAGCACGUAUCUGCUGUUUCUGCUGACUUUAGUGUACAGGAGCUGUCACUGACAAAGCUGAACGCAAAAGACCUAAACAGGACCUUGGAGGUUUGUUGCAUGGAAUUGAGAAGAAAGUUUCAUAAGGUAAUGAUUGUUCAAAAUCCAGAGGCCAUUUAUCUUUCGGGACCAAAACUGUUGUGUGAUGAGGUGUAUUCCAGUAUAUUAGGGGCCUUAAGUAAUACAACAAAAAGGAAGACGUCAAAGGAAGAAGAGAUCUUCGGGGUGAAUGCCAACCAUACCAAUUUAGCUCCCAGUCAGACUCAGCACCUCCCCCCUCAGGAACAGAUCGAAUUCCAUAUGGACCAAGAGAUUCCCUACAAAAGUGGCAGAUUAAUCAAUGGAAGCCUACUUCGGUGUCUUAGCAGUAGCAGUAGUACUCUGGGCAGUGAAGGCACACAGAGAGAAGAUGGAAGUGUGCCCAGCAGACUAGGAAAAAACAAUAUCCAGACAUGUGAUUUGGCAACCAAUCAGGGUGAAAGUAAUCAGUCUGUUAUGAAGAAAGAUUCUAUCAUGAAGCUUACGCUGGGACAGCAUGGCACAAAAGGCCGAGCGAGCCUCAAUACUGAUACUCCUCAGACUCUGCUAAGAGAGGCCAGCCAGAUUGCUGGGACACAGAGUCGACCAAAAUUACAGUCAUCCUCUGCUUAUAAGACUCAGAACAUCUUGGGGGCAGAAGAAAAAAAUACACAGGUGAACGCUCUUAAUAACCACUCUUGUCUUGAUCCAGAAGACCAAAAAAAUCCACUUUGGGAGAACUCCAAACAGAAGGAUCCCAAAACCUCGAGGUGGACACACGAGGAGAGCCAGACUCAGGAAUAUGAAAGCACGACAUGUUCAUGUGGAAUGAAUGAGGGACCAGUGGUCAGGAUGGCUUGCGGUGCCCCCUUCUGCUCCAAGUGCCUUGUACAAACCCAUUCCACUUGCAAGGUCUGCCACAAAGCAGGUGAAGUAAGUGGCAUCAAGGGCAGAAUUAUUUUCAGUGAAUUGUCCUUGAGUUUGCCUGGAUACCCAAAGAACAUGACACUCAAGAUUACCUACAUCAUUCCGAAUGGCAUCCAAGGGGAGAAUCAUCCAAAUCCAGGGGCCCCUUUUCAAGGAGGCACAUUUUAUGCGUACCUCCCACUCAACGAACAGGUGCGGAGGCUGGGACCACUGCUGGAGAAGGCUUUUGCUCGGGGCCUGACUUUCACUGUCUCUGAGGAAGGCCAGGUUAUCUGGGGCAGCAUCCCACACAAGACCAGUGUGGAACUCAAGUCAAAAAAUGGAUACCCAGACUCCAGCUACCUCAAAACGUUAAGUGAAGUGCUGACGGCCUUGGUAACUUGAAGAUGGCAGAGAAAGUACAAGAAGACAUGAAAAGAACAAAACCUGAAUAUUUUCUAACCCGCAUUUACUCUAUGUGCCUUUACAUCAGUAUAUAAUGAUAGAUUUGAAAAUUACUUGUAAUCACUUGUAAAUUAUGAACAGGUAAUUUGUAACAAUCUGUUCCAGUCCGUCCAUAUUUUAACUGCAUAUCCAUUACAGGUUUCGGGGGGGGGGGGGGGGGGGGGGAGGGGUGGACUGGAGCCUAUCCCUUUAAGUAUAGGGCAUAAGGCAGAGGUGCCCCCUGGAUAGGAUGCCAGUCCUGUGCAGGGCAUGUCACAUUAACUGUUUUUUUCUAUAUAUUUUGCAGUCUUAAUUAUGCAACUAACAGCUGAAGUGCAUUUUUGACAGAAGCUACCACAAUGUAGAAAACCAUGUGCACUUGAUAAUCUUGUUAGCCUUUCUAUACCGCAUACUCUUCCAGAAUUUUAAUAAAACAUAGUAUAAAGACAUCCAUGCUAACAUGAAAACUCAAAAAUAAUUUUCUGUUCAUUUUACCAAGCUUUUGAGGAACAUAUUCUGGGCUAUCAGGUUUAGUAAACGGUUAAACUGAUUUUUUACAGAGUAAAAAUUGAUACCAAAUUUUUUUAAUUUUGUUGGAAAAUUUAGAUGGAGAUAAAAACCUACUGAGGAUAUGUUUAUACGUGCAAGUAGGACUCCUGACAUCUGCUGUUUGUCAGUCUAAUGUGGACAAGCAUCAACCACUGGAUAAUACUGAUGUGCCCAUUUGAGGAUAAGCCACAUUAAUGAAAGGCCCGGGUACCACGGUUUAUGCAUAUCACUGAAGAAGCAAUAACUGUGUUCCUUGUAUUUCUGCAUUUAUUUAUUUACCAAAUGCUUUUGUCCAAAGCAAUAUACAAAGGAGGCAGCUAGAAUAUUACAGGAAUAUUCACAGUUAAAAACAGUUAGUCUUGGAUGGAGCGUUGGCAUUCGGAAUCUUCCACAGCAUGCAAGUUACACCAUUCUGCUUACUCACAGCAACUACACAGUCAUGUCUUACAUGGUAUAGUAUGUAACAUUAUCAUUAACAAUUUUAUUGACGGUGAGAAAAUUUAUAUAUUAUUAUUGUUUGAUUUAAAAACUUGGAAAUGACUAAUAUGUUUUUGUGGGACUGUUUUUUUUUUUAAACAAUAGCAUUGUAACAAUGGAUGUGUAAGUAGCACUGCGGUUUCCCUUCAGGAUUGCGGGUUUAACCCCAAUUUGAAUGCACGUGUAUGUAUGUGUUCCCUCUGCACUGAUUUCCUCCAGGUCCUCUGGGUUUCUGUAACAGUGUACGACAUGACGGGCCAGUUAGCCCAUUGUCAGCAAAGCUGUCUUGCUCCACGUUGAAUAAGUAGGAGGGUCAUUUUUUUUUUUUUGAGAGAGAAACGCAAAGAUAAUCCGAACUCCGUAAGCUCCACCUGCUUUAUGUUUGAAUGUGGUUGAGCCAUGGCAUCAUUAGAAAAACAUAUUUGCUGGCUGUACUGCACACGUUAUUCUCUGACAUGCAGGCCUGAAUGUAAAUUAAAUCUACAGGGAAAUGUACAAUUCUACAAUUCUGUUAUCUAAACCCAUCACCAUAUUCUGUGUAAUAGCCUGUUUAUGGUGUUUUAUAAUAGUAAUUACAUUUGUAUGAAGCAAAACAGAAGUGUAAAGUCCAUGAAAGUUGCAGAGAGAGAUUGUAGUUUUAAAUUUUCUACCAGAUAUACAGAUUUGAUCCACUAAAUAGAAUAAUAAAUUCUAGAGGAUGAAAAAGACCGAAGCUGGAACGGUUAUUACUGUGUUCACAUAAAGAUUUGCAUAAAAAACUAACACAUCUUGAUCUCACUAACAAGAAGGGAUGAGAUACAGGGGGAGAUUUUUCUACAUACAAUUGUCCAGCAGCCUUGAAAAUCACAUGAGCGCCUUUAAUUGUUCUUUUUAUGGUUAAGAUUUCAGUUAAAGGUAAUUAUUUACUGAAGGUUUUGAGUAACUAAUGUAUUGGAGUGUCUGAUCUUCAAAGUAUGGUCUGGGGGAAUUUCCUACCAUCUGCUUAUGUAUAGGCUAUUGGUCUAGUGUAGUGUUUCCCAACCUGGUCCUCUGGGACCCACAGAUGGUCCAGCUCCUUGCCAGACAGUCUGUAUUUUCGCUUAUCUGAGCAAAGAUUUAGACAUGAUUUAGUCUGUGGGUCCCUGAUGACUGGACUGGGAAACACUGGUCAGUGAACGAGAAACGGCAGUUCGGUUCCCAUGUAUGUCUUGCACAUAUAAUGUGAAUUGACAAUAAAAUAUCUCACUCUCUUUGAUAUCCAA